AUACCACCCCUGGGAGGGAGGGCAGAGCAGAUCAGAUCAAAGCCUCUUCUUCAUCGGAUCCCUUUUGUGCGUUCUUCUUCUUCUACAUCGUUCAAUCAUGUCGUGCUGCGGCGGCAACUGCGGGUGCGGGUCCGGCUGCAAGUGCGGCAACGGCUGCGGAGGGUGCAAGAUGUACCCAGAGAUGAUGGCCGAGGAGGCGACUUCUUCCCAGACACUCGUCAUGGGCGUUGCGCCGCCGGCGACCAAGUCAGGCUUCGAGGCCGCCGCCGCCGGAGCCGAGAACGGAGGCUGCAAGUGCGGGGACAACUGCACCUGCAACCCGUGCACCUGCAAGUGAAACUCAACUUGAGCAAAUCGAUGGAUCCAUCCAUGCAUGCAGAUCAGGUCACAUGGAUGCAAGACUAGUAGUACCAACUAGUGUGUCGUUUCAGUCAGUUAUCAUAAGACAAGAAUAAGACUUUCAGUCGAUCUCGUGGAUCCAUCUGUCUUAUCUGUAAUCAUCUGGAUCAAAGUAUCCAGCUAUCUAUCUGUGUCAGAUCUUUAUCUGGAGUUUAUAUAUAUGUAAUGUAAUUCCAAUUUCUGUCU